AUGUCAGACUACGAGACCUACGACUUGGGAGACCUUACACUUGAAUCUGGCGAAGUGAUUCCUUCGGCAAAGAUAGCAUACAAGACCUUUGGAGAUCCGAAACUACCAGCAAUCAUAUAUCCUACUUGGUACAGUGGACCAGUAAUCUCAGACAACGAGUGGCUCAUCUCCCCUUCCAAAACACUCAACCCAUCAACCUACUUCAUCAUCAUCCCUGCUCUGUUCGGAAACUCCCAAUCUUCUUCUCCAUCCAAUACCUCUCUAUCCCCCUUUCCCAGAGUAACCUUUUACGAUAACGUACUUGCUCAACACACCUUGGUUACCAAACACCUUGGCGUCAAACAUGCCUUUGCAGUACUGGGCUGGUCAAUGGGUGCAGGUCAAACUUAUCAAUGGGCAACACAGUACCCGGAGUUCAUGGAUAAGAUUGCUCCAUUCUGCGGUAGUGCGAGAUGCAGUUUGCAUAAUCAGGUGUUUUUGGAGGGGGUCAAGACUGCGUUGGUCGCGGCCAAGGGUGCAGCUUCUGCUGGUAUCUGUAAAGGAUAUACCACCGAAAGCGAAGGCAAAGGGUGGACGAAAGAGCAGGCUGAAACAGGAUUAAAGGCGCUGGGAAGAGUAUACGCAGGUUGGGGAUUCAGUCAAGCUUUUUACCGCCAGAAACUCUACGAAUCUGUGCUUGGGUUCAAAGACUUGGAAACCUUCAUGACCGACUUCUGGGAAUUCUGGGCCCUCUCCAAAUCACCCGAAAACAUGCUAACCAUGUUACACACCUGGCAAUCCGCCGACUGCUCUGUCCAACACCCCUACAACAACAACUUUGAAGCUGCAAUGAAGGGCAUCAAAGCAAAAGCUUUGGUGUUGCCGAGCAAAACUGAUUUGUACUUUCCGCCUGAGGAUUCAGAGUAUGAGGUUGAAUGUAUGAGCGAGGGAGUGGGUAGAUUGGAAGUGUUUCCUAGUGUUUGGGGGCAUUGGGCUGGUGGACCGGGGCAGAGUGAGGGGGAUGUGGAAUGGUUGGAUCAGAAGUUGAGGGAGUUUUUCGCGGAAUAG